CUUUUUGGGAGAACACGGAAAAUCCCUCACUUAAAAAUUUCUUAGAUUUCCGUUCAAAGGAGGGCAAUUUGGAAGACGAAGAAACAGAGCACCUCCGGUAUAAGUGUGAACUAAAUACUAUUCGCAAAUACUACUCCGAAACGUCCGAAAUGGGGCAAAAGAUAUUGAGGUGGAUGCAAGAUUUUAAAGUAAGGAAAGGUUGCGUACUUGUUGGUGAGCACAUUAUAAAUGGUAGCGCAACGCUCGCUUUGUGCUGUCACCAACUACCUUGCUGGUUGCGUACUGGUAGAGGGAAAGGUUGCGUACUUGUUGGGAAGGGUUGCGUACGAGCAUACCAUAAAGCUUCAACGACUACUCUGCGGGUUGCGUACUCGUAUGGGAAGUACGAUAAAAAAUCAGAGGAAAUAAAACAAUUUUGGGACCUUCAAAAUGGGAUAGAAAACGUUCAUACAAAGAAGAUGUCGCUCGAAGAGAAGAAUAAACUAGAAAAUCAGAUUGAUCUCGAACAGGAAAGAACUUUACUGCAGAAAACGAUCACAAACAAGUUGGAAAAAUUGGUGUCAGAUGAUAAUCUUCAACCUGUU